CCCGUGUUAAUUGCCAUCUCUACUCAGCACUACAAGAAGAGAGAAUAAAUACAAGAAAAAAAUAGAUUGUAAAAAAAAUAGAAAAAUAGAUGUAAAAUUGUAAAAUUGUAAAGAACUCAACAACUACAAUAUCCAAAAUAUCUUAGUUCCAAAAGAUGGCUGAUAAACCACCAACCGCUAUGCCACCGGCCAGUGACCCCUUCCCUGGUUCGCGUACCCCGGGCUGGAAUGAUCCGCCCACCAUGUCAUAUAAUCCCUUGGCUGCAACAGCACCGGGGAGGACUCGCAUUUUGAAUAAGCGUGUUGCCUACCCACUACAAGGUUCUGUGACGUCAACUACUCCAACUACGAAACCCACUGCAGUAGUUUUGCCUAAUCAAUUGGUAGGUGGUAGCGGUCAAGGACUACCACCACCACCCAUGGCCACAAUGCAACCAGUGGCUGUUGUCCACCCAAUGCCUCCCAUGUCACAGAAUUCCGGCAGCCAACAGGAAAGCAUUCAACUGCCACUCGAUGCAUUAAUGGUAAGUUUUCGUAACCUAAGGGACAAAGUUCCUUUGGUGCAAGAGUCAGUGAAUGUACGGCGAGAGGAGAUUGAGAGGCGCCUGGGCAUCAUAGAACAACUCUGGCAAUCAGGAAAUUUGAGUGAGGCUGUAAAACAAAAAAUAUAUAACUUAAGUUUGGCUGUACAGCGUAAUGCCCACAAUGAGGCUACAGAAAUAUACACUUCGCUAGUCGCCAACCACGCCAACGAAUGUACAUCAUGGGCUGUUACAUUAAGACAUAUAGUACUGACAAUAGCGCCAACGCAAACGCCAAUGACCGCCACCGCAAAUACGGCCAAUAUAACUAUUGCAGCGUUCACAGGAAGCGAUAGCAGUCUAGUUGGAUCCAGUACCGGAGGUAAUACGACGCUAUCUGCAAUACCCACCAUGACUGUGUCGGCCAUGCCACGUUCAGCAACGAACAGCAAUGAAGUCGAUGGCAAUAGCAGCAGCAAUGUUGCAAUAUCAAGGAUUCAGCACAUAUGAUAAAUAACAGCAGGAAUAUCAGAGCCGUAGGAUAGGCGAAGGUUUUUAUUUAUAAAUUUUUAACUUCCAAGAUGUAUUUGUGUGCGUGUGUUUAUUUGCUUAUAAGGCUUUUAAACUCUCGAGAAAAAGUUUUAAACUUUGGUAUUCUAAACAAUGUAAUAAUUAAUAAUAUAAUAAAAAAAGCUCCUCGAUAAUAUAAUA